CGGCAUCGGCAACUGUUACAAUUGCCUAUUUAGUGUUACUAACAAACGACCUCUUCCAAUCUUUUUAUAUCUCACAUCCCUCUUUCCCAUCAAUUCCAGUAUCAAACCCUCUCAAACCUCUUGUAGUUAUUAUUUAUCCCUUCCCUAGAAGGAACUUUACUCAAUCCCAUCUACCCAUCCACCCCUACUCCGUGCAAGAUAUACCAUAGAAGAAAACAUGGAAACUCCAGACGUCACGCUCCCCAACCACACCCCCAUCGCCACCGCGCCCCGCGACAUCGACGCCAUCAAAGCGCAAGAAAAAGACUGCACGCUCCCCUUCUGGAACGGAGACGUAGCGUUCAAACUCGGCAUCAAUCUACGCACGAGAUUGCUGACGGAAGAGAGACCAGCCGUCGUACACAUCUCGACGAUUAGUACGCCGCCGCAUGUGUUGUUUCACGCUGUAACCCACCCAGGCACCUCCUCCGACAACGACAUCUGGGUCUCGCGCAAGCGCGCCGCCGUCAUCCGGUUCGCCGCGAGCACAUGGCGGUUGCAGAACCAGUACGGUGGGGACGAAGAAGCGUUUAAGGCGAAACUAGGGUUGGGGGAGACGGCGGGCCAGUAUGCGAUUCACGGGGGUGGAGUACCGGUUUUUAUCAAGGGGUGCGAUGGCAUGGUUGCGGUGGUGGUGGUGAGUGGGCUGAAGCAGUGGGAUGAUCAUCAGGUUGUUAUUGAGGAGAUGGGCAAGUUGAAGGGGGAGAUAGAGAGGGUGGGGGGUGUGGCUUGAAAAGAGGUGAUAUGAUAAUGUGGUGUGAUUUAUCGGCUUGCCGUUGUGAUUCUUUUUUUUUGCUUGUCAGAAUAAAGUAUCGAAAAGGUUAAUAGCACAGACAAAUCACUUUGAAUACCAC